AUCGGCAUCACAGAUCUAGACGAUCAUUCACGCAAAUCAUUUGGUAUCCACUCAGAGAAGCCGACGAACGCACCGUAUAAUUUUAUUUUCGGGGAAGGUCUUUUGGCAAAAAGUGAUCUGACAAGACGAUGAGCGGUUCUGAGGAGAAAAUAUCACCCGAGUUGCAGCAGUUCUUACUCAAUGAGCAAGCAAAGGCUCAGAUGCAGCAGACAGUCGCACGAUUGACAGACACAUGCUGGGACAAAUGCGUUGGCACACCAGGUCGCUCUUUGGGCAGCAGAGAGGAGGCUUGUCUCAGCGACUGUGCAAAGCGAUUCAUAGAAACAACUCAGUUCAUCAUACAGCGGUUCCAGCAAAAAGCGAGCGCAGGCGGCGGCUUCUAAAUAGUGAACCAUUCAGCCAGAGACUCGGAACAUUACUUUGAGCAGCAACUCGCCUUGCAGCCAGCCAGAUUAGCAAUGCUUCAGUGUUCCUGGUCUUGGCCUGGGGUGGCAAUCAUCAGUAGUAUACGCAUGAACUGGGACAUGCUCCCGAACUGAAGCUGAAAUGAUGUCUUCUUUUUCCUCAGAGUCUUUGCAAUACUGAGCCAUGGCCAGGCUGCACUGUGAUAGAAUGUGCAGAAUGCCAGUCACUAGCUAUAGAGGACUGCUAAUGGUUUAGAGCCAUACAGUCAUCAGUGUUUUAUCUGCACUACUUUGGGCAUCAGCGCCCUUUAUAUGGUACCAUAUAUGUUGUAUGGGUCAAAGCAAGAUCUUUUCCCUGGCCAUCUGUCUGUUUCGCAGAUCUGGAGGCAAGCCCUUUAUGUUGACAUCAACAACAAUGCUGUGCCCUGUGCAGUGGUAAAUUUAUCCUGGAUUGCAGGCAAUUUAAGCAUAUGGGUGCAA